AUCAGAUCAUAACGCGCAACAGGGUUCGGCUUGCCAAAGACGCCGAGUGUUUUUUCAAGCUCUGAAGCAACACCGCCAUUGAGCAGGAGGAGAAGGAGGCAAAGAACGGAACCUGGACCUGAUACUCUUGGUACAGCAACAUGCCGCGUUGAGAACAAGGCGGCAGAGGCGGAAGGGGUAUCUGGUCGGCAAGGCGUGUGUGAUGAGCGGGCGCCGGGGGGAAGCGGAUAGGGGAGGAAAGCUGAGGUGGAAAGUGGAUUUCGAGAAGAAUGUCGUCGUGUCCAACUUCGAGCGUCGAGGCUGGACGAAGACCGACGGGGAUGACUGGAACGUGUACUGGGCUAACGUGUACAGCGUCAAGCAGCUCUUCAACCCGGAGACUGGCUUUCGAUUAGGCGACGACCAGUUGGUGAACCAUUUUCCGAAUCAUUACGAGCUGACCCGAAAAGAUUUAAUGGUGAAGAACGUGAAGAGGUACUUGAAGGAGCAGGCCAAGGACGACAGGAACCCGCCAAUAAGAGAUUUCGUCCCCGUGUCGUACAUGCUUCCGGCGGACUACUCGCUCUUCGUCGAGGAGUUUCGGCGGUGCCCGAACGCCAAGUGGAUCAUGAAGCCCACGAACCGUGCGCAGGGCAAGGGGAUCUUCAUCAUCAACCGCCUGGCGCAGAUCAAGAAGUGGUCUUCGAACCCGAGAUGGGCCAGCAUCCCGUUGAAGGAGGCGUACCUCAUCAGUCGUUACAUUGAAAACCCACUCCUGGUGGGAGGGAGGAAGUUCGACCUUCGUAUCUACGUCCUCGUGACAUGCUACAGGCACCGGUGGCCUCUUCGGGUGUACCUCUUCGUGCACGGGUUUGCCCGUUUCUGCACCCCCAAGUACACGAGCGACGUGCAGGAGCUGGACAACCCCUUCAUCCACCUCACCAACGUGGCCGUUCAAAAGCACGGCGAGGACUACAACUCCAUGCACGGCGGUAAAUGGCACAUCAGAAAUCUCCGUCUGUUUCUAGAGGCCACCCGAGGCAGGGAAGCUGUCUCCAUCUUGUUCGGACAGAUCGACAGCAUCAUCAUCCACUCCCUGAAGGCAGUGCAACCCGUCAUGGUGAGCGACAAGCACUGCUUUGAGUGCUACGGCUAUGACAUUAUCGUGGACGACCAACUGAAGCCGUGGCUCGUGGAGGUGAACGCGUCUCCCAGCCUUUCCGCGACCACUGAAUCGGACCGCGUCAUGAAGACAACCCUCCUUCGCGACAUUUUUGCCGUCGUCGUUCCUCCUGACUUCUCCGACCCGAGCUACAAGGGUCCGGUGUCUAUGGGCCCUUGCAAAGACAUGGGCGCCUUUUACGUUCUCUACGACGAGGAGGCUCUCAACCAAGCGGAGCGGGAGAAGGGCAGCAGCAACAACAGCAGCGGCGGUGGCGGCAGGACCGAUUCUCACGGCAACGGCACCGGUGGCGCUUCUUUUUCUUCCACUUCUGCGGCGGCGGCAGCAGCCGGCGGCGGGGGUAUGCUAGGUGGCUCGGGUGUGUUGGGUGGCGGAGGAGGAAGUGGGACCGGACGGGGGCUAGGGGAACCCAGCGGCGGGGUCAGACGAGCAUCUGCUGCCGCGGCCGCCACGGCAGGGCGCCCGGGAAGAGGAACAGCGACAGGGCGUUCUUGGCGAUGACCAACAGGAAUACUGCUGCUGACCCAUGGCUUUCUUGGUGGAAAACAACCGACAAAACCUAGACUUGCUCGGGUUUGUACCCAGAGAAUUUACGUGUAUUAAUGGGGCAUAUCCUGGGACGCUAAAUCCCCUUGGACAACGCUAACGCAGAUAUUGUAAUUUGGAAACUGCAAUGAAAUCACGGUUCCACGCGGAGUUCGAGAGGCAUGUUACUGUCGUUGGUAGCAUAGGACCUCUGAGUGAACGAUUUGCGUAGCACGCAUAUGGCCGUUGUGCAUUCUGCUUGUGGUUGAUGUCUGC